GCUCGCGUGCGCCAAUAGCGAGUGCUGCCUGGAUCAAGGCCGCAGCGCAAACGCGUCUGGAAUGCCGAUCGGUGCUCGCUGCUCGCAUUCCUGGCAUUCCAAUAACAUGAGUCACCGCCGCCGCUCUCAUGCCUCUCAUUCAUUAUUGCGUGGGAGUGUGCCGAGGAAGAACGUUCUCCGGCCGUGCGCAAGUGGUCUUGUCCCGUGUCCCGAGGAGACCCGACCGAUGUCCGCGGCAACUUCUCGUCCAACCGACCUGGCGGCCCUGGCGCCGGACACGUGCGGGGCGCCGCGGGCCGGACACCCGCGUCUUCCAACCGUUUGUGAAGAAAGACGCGCGACGAGUGGGAAACUGAACCGGCCCCGGCGAGAAGUAUCGCACUCAUGUUGGAGCAGCUUCAGUGCGUCCGAGAAAGAAUUUCAACUCGGGACACUUGCUGCUGAGGGCCAACCGUGCAAUUUCCAAUCGGUCACCGCUGAGAAGUGGAGGUGCCGAAGGCAGGGAAAUGUUAAAGUGCUUGACAAGCAAAGCUUGGUGUUUACAGAAUGCACCACCCUCUCCAACUGGACAGGAGCAAACACCGAGCUUGGGUAGGACUUCAUAGAAGGUGCCUGUAAUUUUUUAUUGUAUUUGAGAGAAACUCAAGAGAAAAAAGCGUGCCAUUAAUUUACUUUUCAUAAACUUUUACCAAGCCUUUACGAAACCAUUCCUUACUUAUGCACAGGGAAGCCUUUACGAAACCAUUAGGACACCAUUAUUUUGAAAAAUUAAUGGCUUCUUACAGGUAUGAAAGUGUCUCGUUUGUUUAAAUUGUGAAGCCUUUCAGCAACCUUUCCGAUACCUUUACUCUACUCUUACAAGCCCUUUCUAUGAAUGCCGCUUGCAACCUUUUGUAAAGCCUUUCUGCUACCUUUCCGAAACCUUUCAGACGGCGGCCAGUUUGACGUCACAAGCAUAUGACGUCACUAGCAUAUGACGUCACUAAA